AUGGAAGAAAUAAAGGAAGAAAAGGGAGAAAAAAAAACACAGAAUAUUGGUGGAAGAUGGGGAAAAAACGGUGGGAGGAGGGAGGAGGACAGGAGGAACGGGAGGAGGGACAGGGUAGGACGGGAGGAGGACAGGAGGACGGGAGGAGGACAGGAGGACGGGGAGGAGGAGAGCGGACAGGAGACGGGAGGAGGAGGACAGGAGGACGGGAGAGGACAGUUAGGACGGGAGGAGGACAGGAGGAGGGGGAGGACAGGAGGACGGGAGGAGGACAGGAUGGACAGGGACGGAGGCGGAGGACAGGAGGACAGGGAGGGAAGGGGAGAAAUCAAACACAUUCAAUUGUACUUUUACUUUUCUUAUCUGCACAGAGAAUAA